AUGGCCGACAACACAUCAGCAGAUCUUUCCCAACAAGUGCAGCAGCUCGCGGAGCUUGUGCAAAAACAGGGCAAAAUCAUUGCCCAAACAGGCAAGCAGCUCAUGGAAUUGCAGAUUUCUGGUGUCAAGGCGAGAAUGGCCCAGGUAGAUUCGUCGCCUCAACAAAAAAUUAACGUGGAGGACUUUGCCACAAAUGAGGAUAUUGUCCAGCUCGUCUGUGAGCUUCAGGGACAGCUUGAUUUCAUGGAGGAGAGGUCGAUUGCCAGAACGUUCAACUCACAUCUCACGAAAUCUAGCGACAGCACACAAAAACUCGCCCCUUUGUGCAACAGAGACGGAGCCCCUGCACCCGAGUGCUUUCCCAAGACUGUUGGGGAUUUACACAGUAUCGAUGCUGCAGACUUGCUCCGCCUAUCUGAGUUCUACGAGUUAAUUAUAGAAAAUGAGGUGGAUCCCGAGAUGGAGGCGAUCAUGAAAUCGGACACCUUGACAGCAGAGGAUGCCCAGAAAAUCAAAAACCACUCGCUGCAGCAGGCACCGCUCAAACAGAGAAUCGAGCAAUUAACGCCCCAGGACGUGGAUGAGUUGUUUGAUGAAUUCGCAAGAUUUGUGGGCGUGAGAAUCAGAAGAGGUACUGAAUGGUAG